AUGCGAGUCUGGAAUAGAAAUAGGACUGAUCAUGGCGAAUUCCAGCGACCAACGACUCAAUUUCGGAACUUCAUCUCCAAAGAGCCUGGAGCACGCUUCCCUCCAAGUCGAGAUAGAUACCAUCUGUAUGUUUCAUAUGCUUGUCCAUGGGCCCACAGAGCCCUCAUAGUGCGCAAGCUCAAGGGCCUGGAGUCGAUCAUCUCGGUCACAUCGGUCCAUUAUGUGAUGUCGUUGACCGACUCCUGGCGGUUCUGCACACCGGAAGACAACCUCCCUAUGGAUGACUGCACGCCAGACCCGCUUCAUCCCGAGUUCAAGAGGCUCAAGCAAUUGUAUCUGCACGCCAACCCAGAUUACCAGGGCCGCUUCUCAGUUCCAGUUCUGUGGGACAAGAAACUCGAGACUAUCGUCAGCAACGAAAGCAGCGAGAUUAUUCGCAUGUUAUACACCGAGUUCGAUGAGUUUUUGCCCCAAGACAAACGUGCCGUCGACUUGUACCCGGAACACUUGAGGAAUAAGAUCGACGAGGUAAAUGAGUGGACGUAUGACAAUGUCAACAAUGGCGUCUAUAAAUGUGGCAUCGCGAAAACGCAGUCGGCAUAUCAUGAUGCAGUAACUAACCUUUUCACUCAUCUCAGAUACGUCGAAGCUCACCUGGAAGGCCAGAGUGGUCCCUACUACUUUGGCUCGACCAUCACUGAAGCCGAUAUCCGACUAUACGUGACGAUCGUCCGAUUCGACCCGGUGUAUGUCUCGCUCUUCAAGACGAACAGAGGUAUGAUUCGUUUUGACUACCCACAUAUCCACGGAUGGCUCCUCAAUUUGUACUGGAAUGUGAAAGCCUUCAGCGACACCACCAGCUUUGAGCAUAUCAAGAACCAUUAUUUCAUGAGUCUGACUAUGUUGAAUCCGAAUGGGAUUGUGCCGGAUGGGCCUGUGCCGGAUAUCUUGCCAUUGGAAGAUUUGUGGUAG